GAACUUCCAUUUCUAAGCUAUUUCGAUCUCGCUUCACGUCGAUCUAUAUUCUAUUUCUAGUCAAGUUACUCUCUUCUUUUAAGGUUUUGUGGGUCGAGAAGAAUCAACAAGUGAUUGACAUAUUCAGAAAUGGCGUUUGCUAGGGCAGUGAGAAGACCAAUUGGAGUAUUUUAUUAUAGUGCUAGUGGUAGGUUUAGUUCUGGAAAUGAGUAUUCUACUGUGGCAAGCAAAUUGGAAAAUUUGUCUCAGUGCAAGAGCUCUGUGUUGUCUGGAUACACAAACCCUGUUCGUGGUUUUGGGAACUUCUUAAGGAGUUUUAGUUCGACACCUGCUGUAUCUGACCAGAUGAGUCUUAUUAAGCAACUGAGGCAAAGAACUAGUGCUCCUAUUAAAGAUGUCAAGGCUUCUUUAGUUGAAUGUAAUUGGGACCUUGAGGCUGCUCAGAAGGAUUUGAGAAAGAGAGGGAAAGUAUUGGCUUCGAAGAAAUCGUCACGGACAGCUGCUGAAGGAAUGCUUGCGGUUGCCCAAAAUGAGGGGAAAGUUGCUGUUAUUGAGCUUAACUGUGAGACAGACUUUGUUGCUAGGAAUGAGAUUUUUCAGUACUUGGCUUUAGCUAUGGCAAAACAUGCUUUGCUGGUUGAGAGCGGUUCACAGCAAGGUUCCGGUGUCUUCCCCUUCGGGCCUGAGCUUUUCGAGGAGUUUAAGCUCAAUCUCGAUCAUCCAAAAGUGAAUGGUGAAACAACUGUUUCAAACGCUGUUACUGAAGUAGCUGCGAUAAUGGGAGAGAACGUGAGAUUUAGGAGAGGUUUCUUGCUGUCUAAAUCUUCAGCAGGCGUCCUUUCUGCAUAUCUUCACACUAGUCCUCAACCAGGGUUGGGUCGUAUAGCUGGGAUUGUAUCUCUCGAAGUAGAAGGUGAAAAUACUCAACUAGAGGCUAUUCAGCGUGUAGGCUCAGAACUGGCUAUGCAUGUUGUAGCAGCAAAGCCUUUAUUUUUAAGCAAAGACCUAGUUUCUUCAGAAGCAAUAGCAAAUGAACGCGAGAUUCUGAAGUCUCAGGCAGAAAGUACAGGCAAGUCUCAGAUGGCUAUAGAGAAGAUUGUGGAAGGACGUCUCCGUAAAUAUUUUGAAGAAGUUGCUCUAAUGGAGCAAAAGUUUAUUGUGAACGAUGCUAUAAACGUUAAGACACUGGUGGAUAAUUUGUCCAAGGAGGUGGGUUCACCUGUUAAGGUUUCCAAUUUUCUGAGAGUCGAGGUUGGGGAAGGAAUCGAAAGGCUUGAAGCAUCUGAUGAACCUGUUGCUCAAACUGCUUGAAGAUGAUAUAGAUCAAAGACAUGGUGUUAGAUUUACAGACCACUCUUUCUCCUUGGGUCCUUUAGAAUUUAUUGCUUCAAUUCCAUCUUGAGAUUACAAAAAUCUCUCCCAUAAUUUUGUUGUUAUAACUGUUUUGCCACACAAUAUGGCAAUAAGAUCAAUCUUGUGAUUGUACCUUAGGAAACUAUGACAGUAAUCUUGUUUUGUGUUCUCCUACUAAGAUCAUUACACCUUGUGGAUUGUAUCUGUUUCGAAGGAUAAAGAUUAAAAGUAGUGAAUCUAGUUCGGUCUUGAACCA